UCUCACAGGGAGAAGAUGAUCUGCAAGAUGCUGCUGCUCCUCAUCCUCAUCUCAUCUAUCUGUGCAGCAACAUUUGUAGUGAAUGUGACACAGAGCUCCUAUCAGGCAGAGGAGAACCACAACAUCACUCUGGAGUGGACCUUCACCACCAAACCUGACAUCUCCUCCAACUCUCUUUUCAUCUACUGUGAACUUAAAGCUGCUCACAAACUCAAAGUCCUGUUUCAUGUAUUUGAAGGUGUUGAAGUCUCCUUGUAUACAGAUGAACAGUUUGUAGGACGAGUCCAGAGUGACAAAGACGUCCUCAGAGAAGGACGAAUCAGACUUCAUGUGUCCAGACUCAGAACUAAUGACUCAGGUGUGUACGGAUGUCAAGUGAACACAGAUCAUGGAUGGGGCUCUGCCAGCUGUCAGCUCAACGUUACUGAAGCUGCAGAAGAGCUCCCACCUCAGAGACCAACCAUCAGACCACAACCAGAGAGAGGAGGACACAUCUUACUGGUCGUUCUGGUGGGAUGUGGAGUACCAGCAGCAGUUCUUCUGGUGAUCAUUGUUAUCACUGGUUUUGUUGUCAGAAAGAGAAAAAGCAGAGACAAACGAGUUGUUGAGAGUCCCACAGAGACAACCCUAAAACAUCCCAUUUAUCAUCAGACCAGAGAUUCAGUUAAAGACAGAAGACAGUUUGUAUUAUAAACUACAUGCAAACUAUUCUGUUGAUGUACAUGGUGGUUCUCUUCUGGAAGAAUAUAUUACAUCUAAAUUACUGCAGUUUUGUACAAAGUCAUCCAAACUGUCACCAUCUGAUUUGUGCAGCCACCACAACUUCAUCUGAUGUGUUUCAUUCUGCUGAGUCAUGAAAAGCUUCUUCUGACUGAGGAUCUCACCUCCCUGAACAUCACAGAUCCAGAUGAUGACACCUGUAAUGGAGAGUUAAUGUGUGGUUGAAGGGUUUA